AUGAGAAAGUUCGGAAAUGCCACCCCAGUGGCCACUACUAGCCCCUUGGCUACCUCGAACCACUCCAACAGUAGCUGCACCAUGCCGUACGAGGACAGCCGUGUGGUCCUGGUGGUGGUGUACAGUGCAGUGUGCACGCUGGGGCUGCCUGCAAACUGCCUCACAGCAUGGCUGGCGCUGCGGCAGGUACGGCAGGGCAACGUGCUGGCAGUCUACCUGUUCUGCCUGGCCCUCUGUGAGCUGCUGUACGUGGGCACGCUGCCGCUCUGGAUCGUCUACAUCCUUAAGCAGCACCGCUGGAUGCUGAGCAUGCAGGCCUGCAGGGUGACCGCCUACGUCUUCUUCUGCAACAUCUAUGUCAGCAUCCUCUUCCUGUGCUGCAUCUCCUGCGACCGCUUCCUGGCGGUGGUGUAUGCCCUGGAGAGCCGAGGCCAUCGCCGCCAGAAGACCGCCAUCUUCAUCUCCGCGUCCAUCUUCGUGCUUGUGGGGCUGGUCCACUACCCAGUGUUUGUGAUGGAGGACGAGGAGACCUGCUUCGAGACAUCGCCCAUGGACAGCCGGACCGCGGGGUACUACUAUACACGCUUUGCUGUGGGGUUUGCCAUUCCACUCUCCGUCAUCAUCUUCACCAACCACCGCAUCCUCAGGAGCGUCCAGCAGAGUGUGGGCUUGAGCACCGCCCAGAAGGCCAAGGUGAAGCACUCGGCCGUGGCCGUGGUCGUCAUCUUCCUGGUCUGCUUCACACCCUUCCACCUGGUGCUCCUGGUCAAGGCCGCUGCCUUUUCCUACUACCGGGGAGACUACACCGCCAUGUGUGCAUUUGAGGCCAGCUUGUACACGGCCUCCAUGGUGUUUCUGUGUCUGUCCACAGUGAAUGGUGUGGCUGACCCCAUCAUCUACAUGCUGACCACAGACCACUCCCGGCAAGAAAUGUCCCGGAUCCACAGGGGGUGGAAACAGUGGUCUGGGCAGGCAGAGGCCACCAAGCUCACAAACUCAAGGGACUCGGAGGAGCCGCGGUCACCUACAGUACUCAUAAGCCACUAUGGCUUCCCCAGGCCUGUCCACCCACCAGGGUUACCACAGGGUCCAGGGGGCUCACUGUGCACCCCCGAGAGGCUGGUGGAGGAGAACUGUGCUGCUGGGGAGGCUACGGACAGCAAACUUGGCUUCCUGGGGGGCAAAGGAGUGACAUCAUGUGCUGGGGACACUGUGGCUUGGGAGUCUCCGGCCCACUCGCAAGACCAGCACGCCCCUUGGGGGAAACACCGCCCACCCCGUGACGCCCUCUCGCGGGCUCGCAGGAUCCUUCCCGGCGGCCUCCGGGGCCCGCCCCACGCUUGCGGCGUCCCCGAACCGGCAGGACAGGCCCGGUCCCACGCCAGCCUCUCCGACGCGCCCACCCACGGGCCGGGGCGCGGCUCGGCCCUGCCCCUCCAGCGUCCGCCCGGGAGGCGGCGGCGCCCCACUGGCGCACUCAGUGCCGAGCGCGAGGAGCCCUGGGAGCCGGCGCAGGCGCGCUCCGGGCCGGCGCAAGGAGACCCGGGAGCUGGCAGGGCGGGGCGGGCGCAGGGAGACCUGGGAGUCGGCGGAGCGGGGCGGGACCGGGCGCGCGGGGCAAGCCGGCCUCCUGGCUGGCUUCUGGAUGAACGGCUGCAGGCUCUGGGUCAGAGCUCCGCCUUACACACGGUCGAGGUGCUGUGGCAUGUGCGGUCCUCGGUGUUGGUGGGGCCAUCUCUGGAGCUGCUGACACACCAGCCGGUGCUCAAUCAUCAGCCCUUUAGCACCCCACCAGGAGGCUUCCAGACCUCAUACCUGGCUUCCAGAAAGGCUUGCAAGGGUAUCCCUGGGUUACACCGGCGCUGUUCCCUGGACCGUUGGGGACUGGGCUGUGUGGUGGUGUCGGCUAGUGGUUCUGCCGUGCACUAA